AUGCGUCAACUCUUCCCAUCUCUGCAGCGCCUUCGGUCGCUUUUAUGGUAUCAUGUAGCUCUUUGUAGCAUCUCAAUAGCAUUGGCAUUGCAUGCCCUCUCAUUGGCUUUGUUGAUCGAGACUCGAAAGGGAGGUCUAAGGCAGCUUAUACCCUCAGCCAACUUCAAACACUCUCAUGCAAUCCGACGACGCCAAAUUUCGAUGGAAGCUGGCUCAGGUCCCAGUGAUCCAUAUGCGUACUGCAGGGACUUUGUCCGCAAACACGACUACGAGUCCUUCCUGAACUCCUACUUCUACCCUCGUCACGCGCAAAAAGGCUAUUUCGCGAUCAAAGCAUUCUCAGUAGAGCUUGCGACGGUGCAGGACAAUGUAUCAAACGCAAUGAUCGGGAAGAUGAGAAUGCAGUUCUGGAGGGAUGCUAUUAAGGGGCUGUCUGAUGGCAGACCACCGAAGCACCCAAUUGCGCUCGCAUUGUUUGAGACUUCGAGGCAACAGAGACUCUCAGCUUACCAUCUUAAACGCAUUAUUGACGCGAGAGACGCAGAGCUUUCGACCCCGUCGCACCUUACCGUAGACUCGCUAACGGCACACGCAGAAUCAACAUCAAGUACCGUCCUUUACCUCUUGCUUUCCCUAUUAUCGCUCCCGUCUUCGACACUUUCGCAUGCUGCUUCCCACCUUGGCGCCGCACAAACUUUCUCUACUCUGCUACGGGCCCUCCCCUACCACGCAAAGCACGGGAGAAUGGUCAUACCAGCGGAGAUUACAGCUAAGCACAGAGUGAGCCAGGAAGACGUUUUUCGACACGGUCCAGAUGCGGAAGGGAUCGAGGAUGCCGUGUUCGAGUUUGCGACGCUGGCGCAUGACCACCUAAACACGGCGCGGACGACGCUAACGACGGCGGAUGGGGCGAAUGGUCGAGUACCUCGGGAGGCCAUGAGUGUGUUUCUACCUGGGGUUCCGGUGUCAAACUAUCUCAAGAGACUCGAAAAGUCUGGAUUCAACGUGUUCGAUGCAAGCCUGCAGGCAAAGGAUGGAUGGCUGCCACUGCAGAUGUGGUGGAGCAACUGCAAAGCGCUUUUUUGA